GGGCAGGGACAGAUCUCGAAUAGAUUCUUAUCUAGAUUUGUAUCAUGGAAAUAAAACCUUCAUUUUGGCAGUCACUCAUUUAUGACCCAGUCCACUGAGUAUCCUAAGGAGUCCUUGGAGUAUAUAUUCCUAUAGGGUCCACACAUUUUAUUUGAAGAUUUAAAUCAGUUCACUGAGUAUCCUGAGGAGUCUUAUGUAAAACGACAUUGAUUAAAAGAAUGAGAGAUAAAGAAGAAUGAAUUUAUUGUUCUUAUCUGUCACCUCGACACUACUCUGUGUUGCAAUAGCUUUUAUUUUCAAGUAUUUGUCCUUACUGCGAUGGAUUAGUGGCCAUGCAUAUGUACUGAGCAAGAGAAGAGAAAGUUUUAGUAUUCUUGAGUUACUGGACUUGUUUAAAAAUGUGAAGCCUUUUCCUAUUUCGUGCCAGAAAGGAUGGAAGAUUGAUAGCUAUGCACAUGGUCAUCGUAUCUGGUUUAAUUUUCUAACAUUUCCACACAACCUAAAUGCUCCUUCUAUAAAGGUCUAUGCAGCAUUUGACAGAGUGAAAUCAUCCUCACAGGGAUUUCUUCAAGUCCUUAAAGACAUAGGCCAGUCUUGUGAAUGGAAGCCUGGAGUUAUCUCCACAUCUCACAUCCACACUCAAGCCUUGGCUAAAUCCUCUAAGCCACAUAGAGGCAUUCCCUCAAUGGCAGUUCAGGUUGACUGUGUGAAAGAAGAAAUGUUGAAUACUGGGGAAUCAAGGUUUGGACUCCAGAGUUUUGAUUCCUGGUACACAGAAAAUGUUGUCUCAACAGUCUCCGUGGAAUCUAAAAGAUUCUGGCACAGAGAAGAUAAUGGAGUUUGUUGGCUACUUCAAAUGAAUGAACCUUUACAAACCUGUGAAUUUUAUUUGAUUCAGCCUGUUCAAGAGAUUGACCACUGUCUUGUAUCAAUAGUGACAUGGUCCAGAAAAACUACAAGAUCAUCUGUAAAUAAAGCAUCCAUACUUCUGUCCUCAUUAGAAGAGUAUAUUGCCUUGCGCAGGCUUAAAAAAACACCGCUCAUUAAUAUCACCCUACCUCAAGAUCUUUCAGACAGUGACAUUGAGUCUAGUGAUUCCAGCCCUGAGAAUGAAUCCAUGAAAAAUUCAGACUCUCCUGGAGUCAUUCUUCAUGACUCCCACACCAGCAGCAGCAUUAAGGCAGCAGCAUGCACAGACAUUCUGAAGUACUCUAGCAUACUGAAGUACAGAUCCAAGUCUGCCCACUUCUCUCCACUACACGCAGCCAACACUGGGUCGGAGAGUUCUAGUGAUGGACAUAGUGCAGAACAGCAGCCAGGUGCACUGAAAAAGGCACUGCAGAGAUCUGUCAGUGAGGGUUCAGCUCUUAAAGGCAGUCAGCUGUUGGCUGAUGAUGUAGAGGAUGUUGGGUUAGAGAGUAAGGAACACAUAUAUACAGAGCCACCAUCAGACAAUGUUUCAGAAGCAGAUUUGAAACUUGCACGUUACAGGACAGUGAGUAAUCAGUGUGCAGCAGAGAUAAUGGCUGAAGCAUUAAGAGCCUCCAACAUUGACCUUGAACUCUCACCAGACCAACAAGCAGCUGCAUCGGGAGGCUGGCAAUUUUCUGCAUUUGAUAAAAAUAUAGUUGUUUUAAAGAAAUUACCCAGAAAUAGUUCAACAGUUCAAAGCUACAUUGGUAAAGGCUUUGUACUGGCUCCACCUAGGACUGUCUGGGAUGCUGUCAGAAAUCCAAGAACAAGGUUUACUUAUGAUGAUACUCUAAAGAAAGUUGAUAUUAUUGAAACAUUAGACAAUGCCAUGAAAAUUGUCUAUUUCUACCAUGAGAGUCUUCAUUUCCUGACCAAAGAAAAUUGUGAUAUGUGUAUACUACAUGGGGAACGGCAAGAGGGAGACAAAUUCAUCCUGACCUACUUCAGUUUAGAGCAUGACAAAUGUCCCAGUUUUCCUCAUGUUACCAGAGCUAAGGUUUUACAGAGUGGUUGGAUUAUAGAGCCUGCUAAACAAGAUAAUCAAGUGUAUUCUAUUGUCACCUACAUCAUGCAGGUUGACUUUGGAGACUCCACAGAUGGGAGUGAGAACCUUCCAUUCCAGGAGAUGAUCUCCAGUGCUCCACUCAGUAUUGCAGACCUACAACAGUAUCUCAAGCCAGCUGUUCAGAUGCUACGCAGGAAAUCACUGACCUAAACUUUUUUUUGAAUUAUUUAUUGUGUUUGGGUUGUAUGUGGCAGUUUUAAUAUAGAUGUCAGUGCAGCACAUAAAAUCAUCUCCUAAAACAAAAAUGUUCAAGAAAUAACCUUGAUGCUAAAAUAGUUGAAACUUGCUAUGCAGUCAGUUUCUUAAAGCCUUUGAAUUCUGCAUUUUAGAGUGACCAUUGUGCCUUGUCAACUUUCUCUGCGCUUUGACACUGUACACAAAACUUCUCUGAUAAAUAUGAGAAUAUAAAUGUUGACAUUGUUGUUUUUUUGGUGUAAAAGUCUUUUUUUUUUUUCCAGCCAUAUUUGAGAUUUUUUUUUUGAAAAGUCACAUGACAAUGUUACUAGCUUGUCAAUGAUAUGAACAACUUGUGGCCUUGGUGAAGGUCCAGAGAUUGAAGGAGUGAGCUAUGAAUGACUUCCUGUGCUCUUUUGCUCAAUAGUGUUGAUAUUUCUUAUUGAACUAUCUGAACUAACCCAUUGGUUACAUCAAAGUCAAUGUCUUCUGAGACCAUCAUACAACAUUCUAUGCAUUUGUUUUUAGCAAUAUCCCAAUGUUGGGUUACCAAACAUUCUCUGGUUUGGUUCUCAAUUCACUUCAAUGGCAUUUCCUGUUUGUGUUAGUUUAUAAAGUAAUCUACCUAAGUCUAGACUCUAUGAUGUGUCAGUGUUUAUGCUAGUUUAUAAAGUACUCUAAUUCAGUCUAGACUCUUAUGAUGUGUCAGUGUUUAUGUUAGUCUAUAAAGUACUCUAAUUCAGUCUAGACUCUGUGAUGUGUCAGUGUUUAUGUUAUGAUGUGUCAGUGCUUAUGUUAGUUUAUAAAGUACUCUAAUUCAGUCUAGACUCUAUGAUGUGUCAGUGUUUAUGUUAGUCUAUAAAGUACUCUAAUUCAGUCUAGACUCUAUGAUGUGUCAGUGUUUAUGUUAGUAUAUAAAGUACUCUAAUUCAGUCUAGACUCUUAUGAUGUGUCAGUGUUUAUGUUAGUCUAUAAAGUACUCUAAUUCAGUCUAGACUCUUAUGAUGUGUCAGUGUUUAUGUUAUGAUGUGUCAGUGUUUAUGUUAGUCUAUAAAGUACUCUAAUUCAGUCUAGACUCUAUGAUGUGUCAGUGUUUAUGUUAGUUUAUAAAGUACUCUAAUUCAGUCUAGACUUUAUGAUGUGUCAGUGUUUAUGUUAGUCUAUAAAGUACUCUAAUUCAGUCUAGACUCUAUGAUGUAUCAGUGUUUAUGGUCUAUAAAGUGUUCUACUUCAAGUCAUUAUGAUAUGUCAGUGUGUGGACUUAAUCAAACUCACAUUCCUCACAAUAACAUUGACACUGUUGUAGAUAUAUUUCUCUUAGGAUUUUCCUGUGCCUGACUCUCAGGAAUUUUCGUCUUAACAUCUAAAAACCUUACAUCCUACCCAAAGUUCAGGUCAAGUUUUUAUAACUUUGUCUCAGCAUCUAAAAACCUUACAUCCUACCCAAAGUUCAGGUCAAGUUUUUAUAACUUUGUCUCAGCAUCUAAAAACCUUAUAAUGGACGCACAGUUCAGGUCAAGUUUUUAAAACUUUGUCUCAGCAUCUAAAAACCUUAUAAUGGAGCCACAGUUCAGGUCAAGUUUUUAAAACUUUGUCUCAGCAUCUAAAAACCUUAUAAUGGAGCCACAGUUCAGGUCAAGUUUCUAAAACUUAUUUCCCUUGCAACUCAAGUUGACAUAUUUCCAUUUCAACAAAACCUUUUAAUGGACAACAGUUUAGUCAAUAGUAGUAAACAAAAACUAAUUUCAUAUUCAAAUAUUUUUUUUUAUUGCUUCAAAUUGUUGGUAUGUAUUAGUAUUUGCAAACAGUUCACUCCUUAUGCCAAUAAUCUUGCCUGUCUCCUACCAAUUCAAUAGAGGUUGAAUGCCCACAUAGACUGGUUUUGGUGGUUUGUAUAGUACACAUGGAAAGUAAAGACACUAUGUUGUUGCCUUUUUUAUCAUUGAAUUUAUCUAGUGUGUUGUCUUAUCUCAUGAUCUCUCUGUCACCUUCUGUACAUGACCUGUGUGUGAUUGGUCUAAUUUCAAGCUUUUGUUUUGGUUACCCUACAAUCAUAUCUCAUUUUGUAUUCUUUAAACAAUCAUCAUUUUUAAUACUAGUCUGCAUACAAUGUCAUAAUAAUAUUUCAUUUGUUUCAUUUAGAAUGACAUUUGGAAUGUUCAAUGAAUACAUUUCAUGGCUUGUGUUUGGAUUCUAAAAGCAGUGCAGUAUUGAUCUAUUUGAUGAGGUGUACUCACUUUAUGUCCAGUAUCAGGCUGACCACUUCAUUUUUUGCUCUCUAAUUAUUUUCCCUUUGUCAGGGUUGACCUUUGUUUCACUUGUUGAAAUGUUCUUCAUAAAUAAAUAUAUUUAUGCACUCAAAAGACUAUUUAUGCAACUCUAAGUCAUGUAUUGUUUGCAGUCCAGAAGAAAGACUUGACAUCAGACCAAUUGAGAUUCAAGCCACAAUCUAAGAGUUCAUAGACUGGACAUUUGAAGUUGUACAAAUAAUCAACAUUAAAGUGACCUGGCACUCAGCGACUACCUGAACUCAGUGACAACAUGGAAGUUAUUUGUGAAGUCUUUGACUGUUCUCUAAUCACUUGAGAUGUGGCUGUAAUGUACACAUCUAUCACUUGAGAUGUGGCUGUAAUGUACACAUCUAUCACUUGAGAUGUGGCUGUAAUGUACACAUCUAUCACUUGAGAUGUGGCUGUAAUGUACACAUCUAUCACUUGAGAUGUGGCUGUAAUGUACACAUCUAUCACUUGAGAUGUGGCUGUAAUGUACACAUCUAUCACUUGAGAUGUGGCUGUAAUGUACACAUCUAUCACUUGAGAUGUGGCUGUAAUGUACACAUCUAUCACUUGAGAUGUGGCUGUAAUGUACACAUCUAUCACUUGAGAUGUGGCUGUAAUGUACACAUCUAUCACUUGAGAUGUGGCUGUAAUGUACACAUCUAUCACUUGAGAUGUGGCUGUAAUGUACACAUCUAUCACUUGGAACUGAGCUUCUCCAUAGUGUACUACCAGCACAUUCUGUCCCCAUUAUUCCAAUCUCUGUGUGCAACAACAGGAAAGUGUCUUUCUUACAGAAACAUAGUCUAGGGCUCAGGAGCCAGACAAGUGUCUUUCUUACAGAAACAGUCUAGGGCUCAGGAGCCAGACAAGUGUCUUUCUUACAGAAACAUAGUCUAGGACUCAGGAGCCAGAAAAGUGUCUUUCUUACAGAAACAUAGUCUAGGACUCAGGAGCCAGACAAGUGUCUUUCUUACAGAAACAUAGUCUAGGACUCAGGAGCCAGACAAGUGUCUUUCUUACAGAAACAUAGUCUAGGACUCAGGAGCCAGACAAGUGUCUUUCUUACAGAAACAUAGUCUAGGACUCAGGAGCCAGACAAGUGUCUUUCUUACAGAAACAGUCUAGGGCUCAGGAGCCAGACAAGUGUCUUUCUUACAGAAACAUAGUCUAGGACUCAGGAGCCAGACAAGUGUCUUUCUUACAGAAACAUAGUCUAGGACUCAGGAGCCAGACAAGUGUCUUUCUUACAGAAACAUAGUCUAGGGCUCAGGACCCAGACAAAUGUCUUUCUUACAGAAACAGUCUAGGGCUCAGGAGCCAGACAAGUGUCUUUCUUACAGAAACAUAGUCUAGGACUCAGGAGCCAGACAAGUGUCUUUCUUACAGAAACAUAGUCUAGGACUCAGGAGCCAGACAAGUGUCUUUCUUACAAAAACAUAGUCUAGGACUCAGGAGCCAGACAAGUGUCUUUCUUACAGAAACAUAGUCUAGGACUCAGGAGCCAGACAAGUGUCUUUCUUACAGAAACAUAGUCUAGGACUCAGGAGCCAGACAAGUGUGUUUCUUACAGAAACAUAGUCUAGGACUCAGGAGCCAGACAAGUGUGUUUCUUACAGAAACAUAGUCUAGGACUCAGGAGCCAGACAAGUGUCUUUCUUACAGAAACAGUCUAGGGCUCAGGAGCCAGACAAGUGUCUUUCUUACAGAAACAUAGUCUAGGACUCAGGAGCCAGACAAGUGUCUUUCUUACAGAAACAGUCUAGGGCUCAGGAGCCAGACAAGUGUCUUUCUUACAGAAACAGUCUAGGGCUCAGGAGCCAGACAAGUGUCUUUCUUACAGAAACAUAGUCUAGGACUCAGGAGCCAGACAAGUGUCUUUCUUACAGAAGGAGAAAACAAAUUCCCCUACUAUGUACUACAGAGAGGACUGCAUUGAAAAUGUGAUGAGUGACUUUGUUAUUUGUGUUCACUUAUGUCCAGCAUUUGACACACACACACACAGUGACUUUGUUAUUUGUGUUCAUUUAUGUUCAGCAUUUGACACACACACACACACACACACAGUCUCUUUCAACUAAUUGGAUUUCUAUCAUUUUCCACUUUUGUCAAAAAAAUAAAUAAAUAAACUAUUUUUCUUUA